UUCGUGCCUCAAUGUUGGUGCCUAUUGCUUCCAAUAUUGAACCCCGGGGUAGAGUGUAAUUUCGUGAAAAGCAAAUACGUCCAGACUCGAAGGCUCGUACAAAUCACACCACCAUACCGGAACGUAUACGAUAAGAGAUGUCUGCUUCUCUCUAUCCAGCUAUACCACCAGAGAAAUAUGUGGAAUUGGAACUUCUGAAUGCUGCGAGCGAUCAAACGUGGCUUGUUGACUCGGUGAUAAAGCCUGAAUUGCCUCAAGUGAUAGAGACCUUGACACGAUGUCUUGAGAUGAUCACUUCAAGCACCCAGCCAAUCAAGUUAGCAUUGACCUCUUCGAGAACAGAACAAGCAAAGGGCGUGAUCACCAGGAUUGGCGAUGAGAUUGUGGAUUUGGACGUUACGCUGUCGCUGAACACUUUUAGCAAGAAGCUCCGUCUCAAGAUGAAACCUCAGUGCCACCUACAACUAUUACAAUGGACAGAGUUGAUAAAGCUUGUGAAUACUGCUCUUACGGACGUGGUGAUCUUACAAGAGUGUGAGCAGUUUGAUGAGUUCUUCUCGCAGCUGAACAAAGUGAUGGUUUGUCUUGGGAAGUGUAACACUGCCAUAAACAACCCUCACUUUGACGUCUUGUUCCCACAGCAUAAGAUGGAUCUCACUACGGUGUUUGACAGCGAUGGGAACCUCUUAGAACACUAUAAGGAUAGACUCACGAUGGACUUCUUCCUGCUGAACAGUGAGAUAACUCUGGAACUCAAGUCGCUAACGACUGUCACGGAAGAACCCUGGAACGAGAUUGACUCUCAGGGGAAUUCCCAUGCCGACAGGUUAAGAGACGAUCUGAAGCACCAUCGGAUCCAGUUGAACGAUGUGUUGGAGCACGAGAAGCAUGGGCUAUUCUCGCAGAUGUUCCACAAGUUCACAGCACACGACUAUCUAACAAGAGCUAUAACGUUUCACGACAGGGUUGUCAUUGAAGUCGAAAAGCUGUCGAUAAACUGUCAAGACCCUGUGCUGCUUGCUGUUGGAGCGAAGCUCAAUGGAGUGGAACACCUGAUAUCAAAGAUGUACAAGAACUUAGACCUUGUUAUGAUGUCCUUGGAUCAAAAGAAGUGAAUUGAAUACUAACAAUAAUGGUGAUCUGUAUACUAGUUUUUAGAAUUGAUCAGGAAGCUCUGUUUCCUCUGCUUAAGAUUGAUGCUCGAGAGCUUAUACUUCAACCGAUCUUUCUUCAGCCUCAACUGCCUCAACUGCUCUAGUUCCUCAGGUGUUCCCUGGAUGGAAACCUCUUCAGAUUUGAACUUACUUAUACGAAUAUCGUUCAGCUGUCUCU